CAUUUUCAUGACUCUUUUGACAAUUCAUUUGUUUGUCAUUUGAUUGCUAUUUAUUUGCUAUCAAUAUAUCAUUCAUUCAAUACAUUUAACCCGACGUUCACUUCAUAACCAUUUGACGGCUUUUUGUGGUCAUAACUGAGAAAUUGGUCCCAAAAUGAAUUCACGCGAAGAAGUGAUCUCUCCUUAUAAUGAAGACGAAGAGAUAGUGAGACCACUAGUGGACCAAAGUGGUGAUCCAUCCGAUGCGAGUACUCGUGAUAUAGUGGUGGACACAACCGGUUGUAUGUCUUCACCGCUGUGUCACCCGUCAUAUCCUCUGCACAGAUAUUUCGUACUCGUCUUCAUGUGUUUCUUAGGCUUCGGUAGUUAUUUCUGUUACGACGGACCGGGAGCUCUGCAAAAGGAGAUCACCGAAGACAUGGGUAGUUAUUUCUGUUACGACGGACCGGGAGCUCUGCAAAAGGAGAUCACCGAAGACAUGGGUAUAGCGACGGAACAGUUCUCACAACUGUAUGCGUGGUAUUCGUGGCCUAAUGUCAUACUUUGCUUCUUCGGUGGCUUCUUAAUCGACCGCUUGUUUGGGAUCCGUUUGGGAGCAAUCAUUUUCAGUGUAUUCAUACUUAUAGGACAAGUGGUGUUGGCUUUGGGCGCCUUUUUCAACCACUUCUGGCUCAUGAAUUUUGGCCGAUUUAUCUUCGGAAUCGGUGGCGAAUCCCUGGCCGUCACUCAGAAUACAUACGCCGUCUCGUGGUUUAAGAACAAAGAGAUUAAUAUGGUUUUCGGUCUUCAGCUCAGCUUUGCUCGAGUGGGCAGUACUGUGAACUUCAAUGUGAUCGCACCGGUCUAUUACGCGGUCGCCAAGUAUAUGAUUGGGAGCCGAGGCAACGCCACACUCGGCAUCACUCUCCUGAUGGCGGCCACCACUUGUGUCUUCUCUCUGUUGUGCGCUUUUAUUCUCGCAUUUUAUGACAAGAGAGCCGAAAGAAUACUGAAACGAUCGGCCGCUCAGACCGGAGAUGUGGUCCGAAUGACUGACGUCAAGGACUUUAAGAUCUCCUUUUGGCUCAUUUCUCUCAUUUGUGUCACUUAUUAUGUGGCGAUCUUCCCGUUCACUGCAUUGGGAGGGAAAUACAAAUUUUCUCACUACGAGGCCAAUGGUGUCGACAGCAUUAUAUACAUAAUAUCUGCUGUUUUAUCGCCAUUUUUAGGAAUUCUGGUCGACCUCACGGGUCGUAAUAUAGCCUGGGUUUUCAUUUCAGCCAUUAUUACAUUAUUGAGUCAUUCAAUACUCGCAUUCACUUUUAUAAAUCCCUGGUUCGCAAUGGUUUUAAUGGGAAUCGGCUAUUCAAUACUAGCCUGUGCUCUGUGGCCAAUGGUUGCUUUUAUCAUAUCUGAGCAUCAGUUAGGAACCGCUUAUGGUGUUAUGCAAUCCGUACAAAACCUUGGCUUGGCCUGUAUUGUACUCGCGGCCGGCGCUAUAGUAGACCUCAAGGGUUACAUUGUAUUGGAAGUGUUCUUCUUGAUGUGGAUUUGCUGUAAGUUUUCACUCUUGUUAUCAUAA